AUGACAAGUACACCAGUUUCUACAGCUACGGCUGCUUCUGCUUCUAACAGUUUUUCCACUACUGCUUCUCUGAUGUCACAAUCUCCACCAACCGCUACAAGUCUUCCGUCAACUAGAACAACUGUUAAUGUCAUUACGAAGUCGAAGAACACCAAGUUUUUUGUCAACAACAAGUCUCCCGUCACCUACAACUGCUUCUACGAGAUGUCACAAACUCCACCAACCGCUACAACAAGUCUUCCAUCAACUAGAACAACUAUGUCACAAUCUCCACCAACCGCUACAACAAGUCUUCCGUCUACUACAACUACAGCUGUUCAACCAGCCGUCGGCCCUUCCUUCCAAGUCCAUGCUACCAGACCUGCAAGAGGUGCCAGGCAGCAAGCUGUUGCUCAACCACCAGCAGCAGCUCCAGCUCCAGCUCCAGCGCCAGCUCCAGCUCAAUUGUCCACAAUGGACCCUGUUGACACUUACGAGCUGGAAUGGGAAAGAGCUGACAGCUUGCUGCCUAUUCCUGGGUAUAGUGGUCCCCAACCCGGAACAACUUUCCAAGACCCCGGCUGCACAGAGCUGUCCAUUUUCAGCAAGAUCUUUGAUAACGAAGUCUGGCAGAUGAUGGUUGACUACACAAACCUGUACGCAGAUGUUUUCCGUACCGCUGAGCCAGACAAACAUAAAGACAAAUGGACACCUCUGUCAGUCGGGGAGUUACAAUGCUACUUUGGAAUGGUUAUAGCAAUGGGGAUCGCUAAAUGUCCGAGAAUCGAUUAUUACUGGCAACAAAGGUACCCGACCACCUGCCAGGUAGGAGUACAGGCAGUCAUGCCAAGAAAUCGAUUCCAGGCUAUAUCUAGAUACUUCCAUAUCUCGGACAGAACUCAGGAACCGGCACGUGGAACAAAAGAAUAUGACAAGCUCUACAAAGUGAGAGAGUUCCACGAUCUUCUUGCAACAAAACAUCAGCCCCUAUACAACAUCGGCCCUCAAAUUACCAUCGACGAAGCCAUGAUUCCUUUCAAAGGAAGGAUUGGCUUUCGCCAAUACAUGAAAGAUAAGCCAACAAAAUGGGGCAUAAAGGUUUGGACCCUCAGUGAUGCUAAAACCGGCUACGUCUACCGUAGUCUCGUAUACACCGGGAAAAGCCUCACUGAGACACAGCAUGGUCUCCUCGGCAACCGGGUUGUCUGUGGACUGUUACUCGGUUUUGAAAAUACAGGUGUGAACCUGUACACCGACAAUUUCUACAGCAACCCGGAGUUAUACCUGCAUCUGCAAGAACGCAACAUCUUUUCUUCCGGAACCAUCAGGCAGAACAGGAAAGGGUUUCCGCGAGCCCUUCAUAUGACGAAACGCGAGGAGAAUCGCACAGAAAUGGGGACAAUUGACUGGACAGUCUCAUCUCCACUUCUGUGCGUUACAUGGAAGGACAAACGAUUGGUGCGAGUUAUCUCCACUAUCCAUCUCUCCAAGAAAACAACACAUGGUGUCAAGUGCGACGAAGCAGAGGGCGUAAUCCCACCUUCUUGGAUUGCCCUGUCGCAAUUCGAGAUUAUAAUGUAUACAUGAGAGGAGUGGAUAGAGGAGAUCAACUCGUCACUAUCUACAACGCCGGACGACGGACAAAAAAAUGGUGGAAACGGAUCUUCUGGCAUGAAGUUGAGUGUAUGCUGCUAAAUGCACACAUCAUGUACAAUAGUCA